GACCCCGGUUUUGCCAGCCAAGCUCUUAUCAACAAGAAGUUAAAUGACUACCGGAAAGUGAGCCCCGCAGGUGCCAAGCCUGACUCCUCACCCAAGGGCUCUCGUGGGCUGGGGAUCCGAGCCGAGUUCCUGAAGCAGACGGGAACCAGCGCGCCCCGGUCCCCCAGGCAGGAUGCGGCCGUCACGAAAGAUGACAGCAGCUCCCAAAAAGCCCCGUGGGGCAUCAACAUCAUGAAGAAGAACAAGAAAUCUGCCCCCCGGGCCUUUGGCGUGAGGCUGGAGGACUGCCAGCCUGCCCCUGACAACAAGAACGUCCCCCUGAUCGUGGAAGCUUGCUGCAAGGUGGUGGAGGACCGAGGGCUGGAGUACAUGGGCAUCUACCGCGUGCCCGGGAACAACGCGGUGGUCUCCAGCCUGCAGGAACAGCUCAACAAGGGGGCCACCGAGAUCAACCUGCAGGAUGAG